UUUGGCGCGAGUGAAGAAGUGGUGUUGAUGUGUUUUUGAAUGCGAUAGCGCCAGUGUUGGGUUUAUUUUUAAAGAAAAUUAUGGAGAAUGCGUAUUAAUAACACAUUAAUAACAGUGUUAAUAAUGUAACUGAGUGAAGAGAGAGUCAGUGAGCGGUCCUGGACGCGCUUCAUGCUGAAGAUGGAGGAGUUUAUAGAGCAUUAUAAACACUACACUGCAGUGGAGCGGGCAUGGCUGUGUGAGGUGUACACAGGAGUGUGUGAUUGGCUGCACCCAGUGGUGGGUGUGUCUCUGGGCGUGUCGGGGGAGCAGCUGGCGCAUGCUGUGGUGUUGAGGCUUCAGAGGACUCAUCACUGUCUCCCCGUCAGCUACAGGUUCCUCUCAGUAGCACAGCUGAUCAGUACACAGCGCACGUCCUGCUUCAGCAGCCUCACCUGGAGCACCAGUCAGCACAGAGAAUGGACCAGGAAAGUGGAGCCACACCUGCCCAAUCACAAGGCCCUGCCACGUACUAACCUCAUCCUGACUGGUUUGCUGUGUGAUGGGCGUGUAUCUGCUCAGUGUGACGGCUUUUGGAGAGUGAGAGACUCCAGUGGAAGUGUGCACUGUGAGGUCCUGAGCUCAUCACCGCUCUGGCUCAGGAGGCUGAUGCUCUUCCCCACCUGGAACUAUAUUUCCCACACUGCACCAGGGCUGGGACAGCAAACUGAAGGCUGCUUGGAGCUGAUUGACUCUCCUAUCUGUGUGACCCCUGACCUUACGACAUUUGACCCUAGAGGGUCACUGAGUGAUGUCAUUGGGGUCAAGAAGGCAGCCAGACUGCUGAGACAGACGAGCAGUAGAGGAGUGUGUAUUUCUGUGUAUGGGGAGGUGUGUGUGAUCUGCCCCCUGCUGGUCAUUUCUGGAAAAAGCUUUUUCUGCCUUGUCCUUAGUGAGGGAGACUCGACUGUCCCUGUACUGGUCACGGUCCCAGAGUGUGUGUACUGGAGACAGUGUGUGUGUGUAGGACAGAAUGUGUGUAUUUCAGCGCUGCGUGUCUGUUCUGUUCGAGGGUGGUCGGGGCAUCGAGUUCUGUCUGUCACUGCAGAGUCCCGCCUACAUCCAAACUCCAAAACAUACGGCGAGUCCGAGGACACGGACUCGCAUUUGGAAACACACACAGACACGCACGAAGAAACAGACACACAGGCACAGUCAUGUAUAGACACACACACGGACACAGACCUGCAGCAGGAAACUGAGUGUGAAGAGGCCCAGGUGCAGGAUGGUCCGGUGCGAACAAAACUCUCCAAAAUCAUCAGCUACAGGGGCCGCAUCACUGAAGUCCAGGCUGCGGAGGCAGGGCUUUAUGAGCUUGAUGGGAAGAUUUUGCUGUGUCUGGCCUAUCAGCCACUGAGGAAGUGGGAUGGCAGCUUAAGACUGGGGGCAGAGAUUGAGCUUUACAAUAUCCACUUCCUGUUCCGUCCAUCUCCGCUCACCCCGGACGUUGUGCUGUGCGCAUGUUUGCGCUCCAGUGUCUCUGUGACAACUUUCAGUCCGCUGAGGCCAAAGGUCACUCAGCAGAGGUCAGACAGCCCUCUGGUGCGUUUCCUGUUGGAGAAGAACCUCGGUGUGUCGGAGUACCUGUGGCUCUGCUACUGCUAUGCUGCGCUCACUGACAGGUUGUGUCCACGCUGGGUGUGUGAAGCUCGAGUGUGUGUGGUGGCUGGAAGGUUACUGCAGGUUAUUUUAGGAGACAAAGAGACGAAGAAAGAUAAGAGAGACAUUUAUAAAGAAAUGUUACAGGACACACACAUCUGUCCUCUAACUCAGUACCAUGUGUCUCAUCCCAGUUCGUCCUUGUACUCUGUAAAGAAGCUCUGUGAUUGGCUAGAGAAGGAGAGUUGGGCGUGUCUCUCUCUGUCGUCACUCCUUCCAUCUUCAGCAUGUCACAUGACCCGAGCUCAGCUGAACCCGCUGCUGUCAUGGUCAGCGCACACACAAACUCUGGUACAUACAGACACAGUGUUGGUGGGUGUGUUGGAGCUGAGUGUGGACAGAGCCACAGUUAGGCUGGUGGACCAGACCGCAGCCAUCGACUGUGUGUGUGUGGAGAGUUCAACCUCAGAGCAGUGUGGGUCCAUCAAUACAGCAUGGGUGGGGUGUCUGGUGUGUGUUCGUCGGUGUAUGCUAGUCAUGGAGCGAUUCAUGGAGACCAAUUUUCCCUCUUGGAAACAUCUGGACCAACACAGAUAUAUCACACAUAAACACUGCAGAGUGUAUAUCUGUGUGUGUGUGGAUGAUCUGCACAUUUUGAGCCCCUCAACCGCCAUGACCUCCCUCAUCCGAGAGAGUGAAAACGGGCAAGAGACAGAGAGGCCGAAGAAGAGGAAGAGGAAAGAAGAAGGGUGGACGAACGAAGAGAAAUCUUGUCUCCAUCACAAACUUCCUCAAAGAAUUAAAGCAUCAUCAGAAAGGAGAGAAGAAAAAGGAGAUGGAGCGAUGGAGGUGGAUGAGUGCAUAGUGGGCCCAUCCCAAUCCAACAGGAGGAGAGAGACUGAGGGGACAAGUGCAGAAUUCUGCGUGUCACUGCUGUUUUGUGUGGACACCAAACAGGGUGUGGCCUUUCGAAAUGUCCAGUCGACCAAUGAGGCACAUGCGCUUACUCUGAGCUUUGUUGUCAAGGCAACAUGCCUCGGAGAUGUGCAGGUUUGGGAAAGAGACCCGAGGAACAGCAGAGUGGAGGAGAGAGAGACGAAGGGAGCAGAGAUCACAAUGGAGCUGCAGUUCAUGGACUCUGCUGUUCGUUGGUUUCCUCUGCUGCAACCGGGAACAAUAUACAGGCUCGUUGCUUUACACACACAGGAUGUGGCCGUGUUGUCCUGUAGCUGUGUUCCCGUGAGGGGCGGAGUUUCUCUUCUCAGUAACCCCACCCUCUUCAUACAGCCUAAGUGGCGCAUACACACACUCACACCACCACUGCUUCUGUCACAGCCAGAGAUUCAGAGGUUGAUGAGUGUGUCUGAAGUCCUUCAUGCCAGCUCAGCUGACGUCGUCUCCUUUUAUGGAGUGAUCUCUGAGAGAAUCACACUGCCGGAAGAGACGAGUAAAAUCCCCACCAUCCAAUCACUGAUCAGCACUAAAGAUGAUGUGAUGGAGACAGGUCUGCAUGUGCGUCUCACUCUGCAGGAUGUCGAAUCUUCACAUCACACACUGCAGGUGUACCUGGAUUUUACCCACAAUCCCUACACACCUGGACUCAUCGCCGGGGCAACUGUUCGCCUGCACCACUUCCAGCGCAAAGUGUCUGUUGUGUGUAACGUGUACUGUUGUUCUUUGCCUAUCAGCUGUGUGACAGUGGCAGGUCUGGGGUCAGUUAAACCCUACCCUCCUCCUCCCACAAUGCACCUGAGUGAGUGGGCUUCAGUUCGGGCAGAGCACGGCAUCCUGUGUCAGAUCAGAGGUCAUGUGGUGUGUGUUCUGUCUCUAUGGCUCCAGUGGACAUGUUCUUUCUGUGGGAGCGUCUUCAGACAGGCUGCCUGCACUCGACUCUGCCAACCUUGUGACUCAACCAGCGCCGUGUUUCAGGCCGAGGCCAAAGUGGUAGUAGAAGAUGGUACAGGUGAGGCUCAGGUGUGGUUUCCUACAGAGUCACUGGCUAACCUGCUGCUGUUAAGCAAGUCAGAGUGGGAGGGCCUUCAGCGGCUUGUUAGGGUCAAAGGUCAUGUAAGAACAUACACUCGUGGUCGGAGCAUGGUGUGUGAUGUGGACCCGGAUGAUCCGCUGGUGAUGUAUCUGUGCUGUGUGUGUUCCAGCAGUGCAGUGUGUCGCCACGUCACACUCGUCUGUAAACUGCGCUCUCAUAAACCAGAGAAAGCCCAGUUGAGGAAAGUUAGCCGAGGAGACCGAGAGUUCCUCACCAAGUUUACCAAACCACUUCAACUACAAUGCACACACAUACACACUCUCACAUAAACACACACACACUCAGACAUACAGAUUCUCACACACACACACACACACACACACACACACACACACACACACACACACACACACACACACACACUCUCUCUCUCUCUCUCUCUCUCUCUCUCUCUCUCUCUCUCUCUCUCUGUCUCUGUCUCAGACAUUCACAUUCUCACACAGACACCCACACAAACAUACACACUCAUAAAUGUGCACAUAUACUCCGACACACUUAUGUAGGCAUAGACACAGUCACUUACUCAGAAACACACAUUUCAUAUAGACACACACACACUCAGACAUACAGUCACAUAGACACACUCAAACGUGCACUCUUGCAUAGACAGACAUACAAACACUUACUUACACACAGUACUCCUGGUGCUCCGGUUUCCUCCCUCAGUCCAAAGACAUGUGGAUUAGGUCAUCUGGCUCCUCUAAAUUAGUCAUAGGUUUGAAUGUGAGUGUCUCUCUGUUUCAGCCCUGCAACUUGUCCAGGGUGUGCCCCAAUGCCAGAUGGACCCAUAAUGGAUGUGCACGCGUGUCUGUGUGUGUGUGUGUGUGUGUGUACUACACUGUCUGUCUGUACAUAUAUUAAUGCUAAAAUUGAAUAAAUAUCUAUUUUGAAAUGUAA